UCAUUGACGUGUUAUGAAUCUCUAUGACAACAAACGGGAAAAUGGAGUACACUGGAAGCAACUACAAAGGGGACUACAAAAAUGGACGGAUGGAAGGUACAGGCACAUAUGACUUCCCCACAGAGACUCGGUAUGAAGGGGAGCUGAAGGAUGGAAUGUUUCAUGGCAAAGGAACUCUCUUUUUCCCAAAUGGAAGCAAAUAUGUGGCCACAUGGGAAGAAGGAUCUGCUUUGGAAGGAAAAUACACAUUUUCUGAUGGUCUUCCAUAUGAAGAGGAGAAUUGGGAAUAUUGCGAUGGCUACGAUAGGCGAUUCUAUACAGAAACAUGUAAUGGCUUGAAACCAGCAGGUCUCUCCCAGCUGACCAACAGAAUACCGCCCAGAGAUAUACCUGAAGGCUGUUACGACUGUGGUGACGGAUUCUACAACCCCAAAUCUAGGGUGGUGGUCGACUAUAACCACAAAUUCCUCAGGAAUGCAGAUGAUGAUGAACACAGUUGGAUUAUCAAAAAAUGUCGCAAAGGAUGGGAUGAGUAUGUGGGAUACAAGAAAGGAAAGACAUCAGCAUAACGUAUUAUAGUUUAUAGAUGACAAAAAAUAUGUUUUUAAUAUUUUGUUAUAUGUUUAUAUCAAUUUCUUAAUAAUUCUGAUUUUAUUGUCUAUCUUUAUGUUGAAAACUGAAUUUAACAUCAGAACUUUCCUGCUCACCAGGCAUGGAUACAAGUCUGGUGUACGUCCUGGCCCAAUGUCACCUUUUGAUAAGGUUUGAACAUUAUCAUGUUUCCUAGACACCUUCACCACUGUCUGUGAUAUUAAUUAAGGUUGUACUUUCACUGCAAGUUACAGAUAUUUCGAUCAUGGGGAAAAAAUUAGAUUGUUUAUGUUGCUUCAGAAUUGUUGAAAUCUAGUUAUUAAAAUUCCAGUAAAAAGUCGGAAAAACACAA